ACAACCCAAUUUUUAAUGCAAAAAAAUCACACAACCAAUCAAUCAACUGUUAGAGGCAUAAAAUAAAAUUAAAAAGUCAUUGUUGAAAGCAAAAGCAAGGUUUCCUCAGCGACAUUCAUGGUGGAUUUAACUCAAAAGAAAGAAAAAAAAAAAUGUAAAAAAGUUGAAGGUACUCCACAAUCACAUUCUCUUGUCCUUUGUCUUUUUCCCACUUGAGUAACUUCAUUUCUCCUUCUACCAUUCAACAUUUUCUCAAUAAAGCAAAAUUCUUUUGUUUAUACCAAGUUCAUGUAACAAAUAACAAUAACUACCUAGCACUACCUCUUACUUACACUCAUGUUGAACUUAUUUCUUUCUAGAAUGUCUCAUCUUCCCCAUAGAAAUUAGACAUUGGUAUUAUUUGACUAGAUUUUACUUAUCUGCUAGUCAAACUCUGGAUUACUAAGAUUUUUUCUUUUGAGAAUCAGAGGAUUAAGACCAAAAAAUAUAUUCGGAUAUAUUGGGGGUUAUGAUUUUACUUUGAAAGUUCCUUCCUUGAUAAUGUUAGGUUACUUACUUUGUUCUAGGGCAACAAUGGGAGUUAAGUUGAUAGAACAAGUUUCCAAGUUGAUAUUUUUUUGUCUAAUCAUUACAAUAUGUAAUGGUUCUACAGACCCUAAUGAUCUACAAGUUUUGAAUGAUUUUAGAAAAGGGUUGGAAAAUCCAGAGCUAUUGAAAUGGCCAAAAGAAGGAGAUGAUGAUCCAUGUGGUCCUCCAUUAUGGCCUUAUGUGUUCUGUUCUGAAGGUAGAGUCACUCAGAUUCAAGCCAAGAAUCUUGGUCUUAGAGGAAUACUACCUCAAAACUUUAACCAACUCACAGAACUCAACAAUUUAGGUCUUCAAAGGAACAAUCUCAGUGGAAUGUUACCAAGUUUUAGUGGUUUAUCUAAAUUGGAAUUUGCUUUCUUGGAUUACAAUUCAUUUGAUGCUAUCCCUUUUGAUUUCUUCAAUGGAUUAACAAGCCUUAGGGUUUUGUCAUUGGAAGAAAAUCCAUUGAAUGUUAGUACUAAUGGUUGGUCAUUUCCUUUGGAUUUGGAAAAAUCGACGCAGUUAACUAAUCUUUCAUUUGUUGAUUGUAAUUUGGUUGGAACAUUGCCUGAUUUUCUAGGCACAUUGCCAUCUCUCACAAGUUUAAGGCUUUCUGGGAACAAACUCUCCGGUAGCGUUCCGAGUACUUUUGCGCAAUCUUCAAUUCAGGUUUUGUGGUUGAAUAAUCAAGAACAAGGUGGUUUCACAGGUACUAUUGAUGUUAUUGCUUCAAUGGUUUUCUUAACACAACUUUGGCUACAUGGAAACAUGUUCUCAGGGACAAUUCCAGAGAAUAUUGGAAACCUAACUUCCUUGAAGGAACUCAACCUUAACAGUAAUCAAUUUGUUGGGUUGAUUCCGCAAUCUUUAGCAGAAAUGAACCUUGAAUCACUUGUUCUUAAUAAUAACAUGUUAAUGGGUCCAAUACCAAAGUUUAAAGCUGCAAACUUUUCUUAUGAUGACAAUCUCUUUUGUCAAACUAAGCCUGGACUUGAAUGUGACCCUGAAGUUAAUGCAUUAUUGGAUUUUCUGAAUAAUCUGAAUUAUCCAUCAUUUCUGAUUUCUGAUUGGUCAGGUAAUAAACCAUGCACAAGUAGCACAGGACCAUGGUUUGGAUUAAACUGCAAUUCAAACUCUGAGGUAACUAUAAUCAAUCUACCAAAACAUAAGUUAAAUGGUACUUUAAGUCCUUCACUUGCUAAGUUAGAUUCACUUCAUGAAAUUAGGCUUGCUGAAAAUAAUAUAACUGGCAUAGUUCCUGAUGAUUAUACUAAGUUGAAAUCUUUGAGGUUAUUGGAUUUAAGUGACAAUAAUCUUGAAUCUCCUUUGCCAAAUUUUCAUGGUGUGAAAGUUAUUACUGUCGGCAACCUUUUUCUUAGUAAUCAAACUGGAGAGAGUGCGAGUCCUAUUAGCAGCCCGAAUUCGACAUACAAUCCUUCAAAUGCUCCAACCUCACCUAAGCAGAUAGUUUCAAGCUCAAAUCACAAAAGACUUGAUACAGUGGCUGGAGUAUCAGUGUCUGCAGUUGUAGCUUUUUUGGUUGUUUAUCUCUUUUUAUGUUUCUUUAAGAACAAGAAAACCUCCUUGGAUGCUUCGAGUUCCAUUGUGGUUCACCCUCGCGAUCCAUCUGAUCGAGACAAUGUAGUUAAAAUUGCGGUUUCAAGCAACAACAUCGGAAGCUUAUCAGGAAAGACUGGAACGAGUUUUUUUAGUAACAUAAGCGGUGAAACUCAAAACUCUUACCUAAUUGAGGCUGGUAACCAUGUCAUAUCCGUGCAAGUACUACGCAAGGUUACUGAUAAUUUUGCAUCGGAAAAUGAACUAGGCCGCGGUGGAUUUGGAACUGUUUAUAAAGGGGAAUUAGAAGAUGGAACCAAAAUAGCAGUGAAGAGAAUGGAGCAUGGAGCUAUUGGCAAUAAGGCAGUGGAAGAAUUUCAAUCUGAAAUAGCUGUUCUUUCUAAGGUUCGGCACAGGCAUCUGGUAUCUCUUUUGGGGUAUUCCAUUGAAGGAAAUGAAAGACUUUUAGUUUAUGAGUUUAUGCCACUUGGUGCUCUAAGUCAGCAUCUUUUUCAUUGGAAAAAAUUGGAGUUAAAGCCUUUGAGUUGGUCACAAAGGCUUUCAAUAGCACUAGAUGUUGCUAGAGGGAUGGAAUAUCUUCAUGGUCUUGCCCGCGAGACCUUUAUUCAUAGAGAUCUCAAGUCUUCUAAUAUUCUACUAGGCGAUGAUUUUCGCGCAAAAGUUUCAGAUUUUGGCCUUGUGAAGCUUGCGCCGGAUGGUGAAAAAUCUGUAGCAACCAAGCUUGCUGGGACUUUUGGUUACCUUGCCCCUGAAUAUGCAGUGAUGGGGAAAAUCACCACAAAAGUUGAUGUGUUCAGCUACGGAGUUGUGUUAAUAGAACUUCUAACUGGACUAACGGCACUUGACGAGAGCCGGUCAGAGGAAAUCCGAUACUUGGCUGAAUGGUUUUGGCGAGUAAAAUCAAACAAAGAAAAGCUUAUGGCUGCGAUAGAUCCAGCUUUCGAACAAAGUGAAGAAACAUAUGAGAGUAUAACUAUUGUAUCAGAACUUGCAGGACAUUGCACUGCUAGGGAAGCAUACCAUAGGCCAGAUAUGAGUCAUGCAGUCAAUGUACUAUCAGCGUUAGUCGAGAAAUGGCGACCAGUCGACGACGAAUUGGAUCAAUAUUCUGUGAUUGACUACAAUCGACCACUUCCUCAAAUGUUGAAAAUUUGGAAGGAUGCAGAAAGCAAUGAGUCUAGCUAUAGUAAUGCUGCUAGUCUUGAAGACAGUAAGGGAAGUAUUCCAGUGAGGCCUACUGGAUUUGCUGACUCUUUUACUUCUGCUGAUGCUAGAUGAUGAAGAGUUGAAUUCAGUGGAAUUUGAGGUUUUUGUUUCUGUAGUUCGUGAUGAAAUUGACUUGGAUUCACACUGUCUGUUUUUUUCUCUCAGCAGCUAAAAGGCAUAAAUUAUUUGCUUUCUUUGUAUUUGUAUUGCGUUUGACAUUAAAAUACUGCAGAGUACUAUACCAAGAUGUAUAUAAAUGUUGUUUUGGUCUUU